GAGAAGGUGGCCAUGCAGUGUCUGGGAUUUCAGUGGUGGAGAUGUUGUGUUCGGGGAGGGUCGACUUUGAGCUGACAUUGAGAGUGACGGUGUGUGCUUCAUGUAACAUCUCUGGACGCUCACGGUAGAGGAGCUGCUCCUGUCUCUGGCUCUUUCCCCUGUCCUUCAGCACCACACAACUGGACAGCACCAGACCACCAGACCCUCACUCACCUUUCCCCUCAGGAUAGCUGUUCGCCUCACUUGACUUUAUGGAAACAUUUUGCACUGGUUUGGACAAGUAAAAUUCCACGAGUUGGAAUUUGAGAGGAACCCACGGAUACGCGCCGCCGCAACCAAACUGGCAGGAAAACUGUUCCGGUGUCAGUGUCAAGCUUCAUUGGCGUUUUUUGACUCUAAUCGUUGGUUAAUCGAACCGCGAAGCUGCUGUCUACGUGGACCGGUGCUGAACUCUUCCGUCCGACCGCCAGGACCAAACCCAGAGACAUGGCCACGAACGGCACCAAAGCCUCCGAUGGACACGUGCUAACAGAGGUCAACGAAGCGUCCACCGCCAAUGAUAAACCAAAAACUCUGGUGGUCAAAGUUCAGAAGAAAAAUGACAUUCCUGACAGAGAAACGUGGCAGGGGAAAUUUGACUUUCUUCUGUCAUGUGUUGGCUAUGCCAUUGGACUUGGCAAUGUCUGGAGAUUUCCUUAUCUAUGCGGAAAAAACGGAGGAGGGGCGUUCUUGAUUCCCUACUUUUUGACCCUCAUAUUUGCUGGGGUCCCGUUGUUCCUUCUGGAAACGUCUCUUGGUCAGUACACCUCCAUCGGGGGUCUUGGAGUGUGGAAACUGGCCCCUAUGUUCAAAGGUGUUGGCCUGGCAGCAGCAGUCCUGUCGUUCUGGCUUAACAUUUACUACAUAGUCAUAAUUGCAUGGGCAAUUUACUAUCUGUAUAACUCAUUCACCACAGAGCUCCCCUGGAAAUCUUGUGAUAACCCUUGGAAUACAGACAAAUGUUUCUCAAACUACAGCCAGGCGAACACCAUCAACAUGACGAGCGCCGUCGUGGAGUUCUGGGAACGGAACAUGCAUCAGAUGACUGAUGGUUUGGAGAAGCCGGGAGAGAUAAGACUGCCACUAGCAAUAACACUGGCCAUCGCCUGGGUCCUGGUCUAUUUUUGUAUCUGGAAGGGCGUAGGCUGGACUGGAAAGGUGGUGUAUUUCUCAGCGACAUACCCGUAUUUCAUGCUAUUUAUCCUGUUCAUCCGUGGAGUGACGCUGCCUGGAGCGAAAGAGGGCAUUUUGUUCUACAUCACGCCCGAGUUCAGCAAGCUGAAAGAAUCCGAGGUGUGGCUGGACGCUGCCACUCAGAUCUUCUUCUCGUACGGCCUGGGUUUGGGCUCUCUCAUCGCCCUCGGGAGCUACAACCCGUUCAACAACAAUGUUUACAAAGAUUCUAUCAUCGUCUGCUGCAUCAAUUCCUUCACCAGUAUGUUCGCUGGAUUCGUCAUUUUCUCGAUCGUAGGUUUCAUGGCUCACAUCACACAGCGGCCCAUAGCAGACGUGGCUGCGUCAGGGCCGGGUCUGGCGUUCCUGGCCUAUCCGGAGGCCGUCACACAGUUACCCAUCUCACCACUCUGGGCUAUUCUCUUCUUCUCCAUGUUGCUCAUGCUUGGCAUUGACAGUCAGUUCUGUACGGUGGAGGGCUUCAUCACGGCUCUCGUGGACGAGUUUCCCCGUGUGUUACGAGGAAGACGAGAGAUCUUCAUCGCUGCCGUCUGCCUGGUGUCAUAUCUGAUCGGCCUGUCAAACAUCACACAGGGUGGUCUCUACGUGUUCAAACUGUUCGACUACUAUUCUGCCAGUGGAAUGUGUUUGCUGUUCCUGGUAUUCUUUGAAUGCGUCUCCAUAUCCUGGUUCUAUGGUGUCAAUAAAUUCUACGGCAAUAUUGAGGAGAUGAUUGGCUACCAGCCCUGCAUUUGGUGGAAGCUGUGCUGGGUCGUGUUCACUCCUUUGAUUGUGGGGGGUGUGUUCAUCUUCAGCGCCGUUCAGAUGGUCCCGCUCAAACUCAACAAUUACGUGUUCCCGAAGUGGGGGCAAGGCGUGGGCUGGUGCAUGGCCCUGUCAUCCAUGGUUCUUAUCCCGGGAUACAUGGGCUACAUGUUCCUCACCCUGAAGGGCUCAUAUAAAGAGCGCCUUCGGAUAAUGAUCCAGCCCACAUCGGUGGUUCGGACUCAAGAGAACGGACCCGAACAACAACCGGAAAACCCCAUCCCAGCCAACGACGAGGCCUACAUCUAACCACCGUCCUCCCGCUUCACCCCAAUUAUCAAAGGUCAGCGUUCAGAGAGAGAAUUAAAGAGUCGAUCACAACCAAGGACUUCCAUGUCUAAAGUAUAUUCACCUACCUCCGAGGGAACACCAACCUGAUUACAGUUUGAAUUCUUUUGGUACAUAUAUAUAUAUAUAUACGUAUGGUCUAAAAAAUCUAUCCAGCAAUGUUCUAUGGUUAAUCUGUAUUUCAUAUGCAAGAUAUUAGUCUUUAUAAAAAAAACAAAGGGUCACAGUGUAAGCACAGGAUUUAAAUGAUAAUUGAAGAUUUGGCGUCCCAAUGUAAUUCCAACCGCACAGUGUUAAUUCGAUAUUACAUGUAAUUAAUGUAUUAAAAUGCAGUUGUAGGUUAGAAUCGAAUUGUAUCUGAUUGUAUCUGAAAAAAUAAA